AUGGACACACUCCUGCUCUUCAAACAAGGACUCACAGAUCCUUCAGGCAUGCUCUCCUCAUGGAUCUCAAACUUAGAUUGUUGUCAAUGGACUGGAGUCAAAUGUGACAAUAUCACUGGUAAAGUUACGAAUCUUCAUCUCCCCUGUCACACAAAUCACCCUAAAGUUGUUGACUUCUUAGACAAGGACGACAAAUCACAUUGCCUAACAGGAACACUCAGCUUGUCUCUGUUGGAACUUCAGUCUUUGAGUUACUUGAAUUUGAGCAACAAUAACUUCAAGUUCAUGCAAUAUACCUCAAUGGUAACUCCACCAAUAGGUAACCUUUCUCGUCUGUGUGGAAACUCCACCAAUCUCCGGUAUCUAGAUUUAUCACAAAAUUAUGAUCUUUUGGUCGAUAAUCUCCAUUGGAUUUCCCAUCUUACCUCACUGCAAUAUCUUAACCUUGGUGGUGUUUAUCUUCACAAGGACAUUGACUGGCUUCAACCAGUGACCAUGCUCCCUUUACUUAAAGAGUUACACUUGAAGUGUUGUGAACUUGAAAACAUCUAUCCAUAUCUUCAACAUGCCAAUUUCACUUCACUUCAAGUUCUAAAUCUUGCUGACAACCGUUUUAUGUUUGAGUUGCCUAAUUGGUUAUUCAAUCUUAGCUGUGAAAUCUCUCGUAUUGAUCUCCGUCAAAAUCAGAUACAUAGCCAACUACCAAAAACACUACCAAAUUUUAAAAGUCUCAAGUCCUUGGUUUUGUGUGGUAAUAUUCUCAAAGGACCCAUUCCAAGUUGGCUAGGACAACUUGAACAACUGCAAGAACUCGAUCUUUCUCACAAUCUUUUUUCUGGUCCAAUCCCUACAAGUUUAGGAAAUUUGUCAUCGUUGAUCAAAUUGAUGCUCGAGUCAAAUGAUUUGAAUGGAAACCUUCCAGUGGAGCUCGGACAACUCUUCAAAUUAGAAACCCUUAGAGUUUCAAAUAAUCCCUUAACUGGAAUUGUGUCUGAAAAAAGUUUACGUUCUUUAAGAAAUUUAAAGAACUUUUCCUUGAGUUCACCCUUCCUGAUCUUUGACUUUGAUGCCAAGUGGGUCCCUCCUUUUCAACUUCUAAAUGUUGAAUUGGGUUAUUUGAGAGACAAACUUCCUGCAUGGCUAUUCACACAAAGCUCUCUGAAAUAUCUGACUAUCAGAGACUCAACCGCUUCAUUUGAACCUCUGGACAUGUUUUGGAACUUCACUACUCAACUCGAAUAUAUCUCUUUGGAAAACAACACGAUCAAUGGGGACAUGUCAAAGGUGUUUCUAAGUUCAAAAGUGGUUUGGUUAGUGGCCAAUAAUUUAAGAGGUGGCAUGCCGCGUAUAUCACCAGAAGUGGUUGUUUUACACUUACGUAAUAACUCAUUGUCAGGAUCCAUUUCUCCUCUUUUGUGUCACAAUAUGAGACACGAAAGCAAUUUAGUGUACUUGGACAUGAGUUAUAACAAUUUAUCAGGAGAACUCACAGAUUGUUGGAAUAAUUGGAAGUCAUUGGUUCUUAUCAAUCUAAGAUUCAACAACCUCACAGGCGAGAUUCCUCGCUCAAUGGGUUCCUUGUCUAACCUUCGUUUUCUGUAUCUGAAAAGUAACAAGUUCUUCGGAAAGGUGCCCUUUUCACUGAGAAACUGCAAGAAUCUUCGCAUACUCGAUCUAUGCCGCAAUAAUCUUUCUGGGAUCAUACCAACUUGGUUGGGGCAAAAAGUUGAAGGUCUUGAAUUGAGAUCCAAUCAAUUCAAUGGCAAUAUUCCCACGCAGCUAUGCCAACUUCGUUCUUUAAUGAUAAUAAAUUUGGCGAGUAAUAAAUUAUCAGGACCAAUACCCAAUUGUCUCCAAAACAUCACAGCUAUGGAUUUUAGUAAUUCUGUAACUCGUACAUUCAAAUUUACCCUUAAUUACCCAGGUUUAUCUGUACAGAUUUCGUGUAGCAUUCAGCUGCUUAUAAAGGGAAACGAGUUACCAUAUUUUGAUGUGAUGAAUGCCAUUGAUCUUUCAAGCAACAACUUGUCUGGAAGUGUGCCUCUGGGGAUAUAUAUGCUAACUGGAUUACAGUCCUUGAAUUUGUCCCAUAAUCAAUUGAUUGGAACGCUACCAAAUGAGAUUGGCAAUUUACAACAGUUGGAGUCCAUUGAUCUUUCAUCAAAUAAUUUAUCGGGAGAAAUUCCUCAGUCCAUGUCUGCUUUGCAUUUUCUUGGGGUCUUGAAUCUAUCAUUCAACAAUUUUAUGGGCAAAAUCCCAGCAGGGACGCAACUUGGUUCCACAAAUCUUAGCUAUAUCCACAAUCCUGACCUAUGUGGACCUCCACUUACUAAGAUAUGUCCUCCAGAUGAAUAUCCCAACAACAAAAAAUCUAUGAGAGGAGAUGAUAGUGAUGAUGACAAAUUUCAGGUGCAUUCAUGGUUCGACAUGGGACUAGGAAUGGGAUUUGCCGCAGGAUUUUGGGGACUAUUGGGCACCGUUUUCUUCAACAGAAAAUGCAGACGUGCUUAUUUUAAAUUCCUUAACAGAAUUUCUGACUUUGUCAUCCAAAAGAUAAACUCCAUUACUGAAAUGUAG